AUGUACAGCAGACAGAGUAUGGCCUGCAGUGCCGAUGCCGAUCAUUCGAGGCGUGCCGCAAAUACCAAGACACUAAUGUUACGAUCACACCGUCUUCCAAGAGCAGACUCUCUGGUGUUACGUUCACAGGAUCGCGAAAUGACGUCGAUCGACGAUUUGACUGUGCCGUAUUCGAAAGAUUCGGUCAUCCUGCGCGAAGCUGAAAGUGAUAUAAUGGCUUCGAAUCCGUCACUGUUGAAGCAAGGCGCGCUUGCAAUCGAUCCAGAUGCCUCCGUCUCCCCAGACGGAUCUUUUGGGAACAAUCUUACCAUAGGUUUCCACGGAUUGAGCUCCAACUGUGCAGAUGGCGCCGGCUUGCCCGCAUCAUCCAUCUCCCUGACCACUCCAAGCUACAACGUCGACAAAGUCUGCUUCAACAUCGACGACCUGUUCAGCCAAGGCAAUAACAGUGGCUGGAAACAUGAGCCGAACAACAUCAACAUUCCUCCUCAAUACUGGGGCGUCAACUACACCCUGAUCAACCGCGAGCUCUACCAGCGUGGUUUCAACUACACCGGCGUUUGGAUCAAGUCCACCAACAUCACCGACAAGGGGGCCGGCGCAGGCCAGAACAGCGGCCGGGCCGUGAGAGUGUACGAAGGCCGCGAUUGCGACGACACCAAACUCUACUACCAACUCACCUGCCAGACCCAGGUCGGCGGACAGUGCCGCAGUGCCCAAAAGUCCUUCCAGAGCUUCUCCCUGGACGAUGCCUACCCCUUCAUUCAGGCCACGGGUAAAUGUGAAAGCUUCGCCGCUUUCAACAACGCAGCCUCUUCCCUCUACGGCGGAGCAUCCUUCGCCGUCGCCGGAACGACCGUCCUUGCCGCUCUCUGGAUGUUCUUCUAGAUAGAAACAUUCCACUCUUGAGGGAACCCGAAGGUGUUCAGAUUUGUCCGCGGCUGUGCGAAUUCAGUCCCUACUCAAUGGGAAUGAGAACGUGAUGAUUGACAUGGUCUUUUUUAUCUGCACCACUCUCAUCAUUGCUUCGUCAUCUUCGAUCUUGUCUAUGCACUCUACACGCUAUCCUGCUUAUCAGGUCGCACAGCACGCAGUAGAUAGAAGAUCAAGCAAUUCCUCCACACGACCCAGAAAAUUUCAUGUACAUUAUCUUGAACCCAACGCGAGCUUCGGCGAGAAAUGCAUCCUGUCAACAUCCACAGCCAUCAAGGUGCAGGCACGUACGAUCAUCGUACAGGGAGACCUCAUCUACCACGAUCGUGGGAUGUAUGUGAUUCGCACCAGAGCUUACACGUUGGAAUUAUCCGGCAGAAGAACGUGUAGCGGCGUUUUAACCUUCGCUAUG